AUUAUGAUUAUGGCGGACGGCCGUAAACGUCUUAAAUGCGCGGGCGCGGCAAUCCGCAGGCCCACGGUUAAUAGCUACCGUCUGGACAGAGGCGUACAAUUUAGACCACGCUAGAGAACACUCGAGUCUGUUUUGUUUUUGUAAAUUACGUUACUUAGAAGUCUACAGCUGACCCCAAAAAAGUGAAGUUCUGUAAAGAGUGUUUUUUGCGAAUUUCCUGUUUUUGUCUGGAAUAAUUUCUUUGAGCUCUCCAGCCAUAUUUCACCGUAACGUCAUCGGAAAAGAAGGAAAAAGUAUAAAUUGUUUUGUGAGAGUGAGAUCUAAUUUGAAAAUCAGGAAAAUUCCAAGAAGCAAAACGGCCUUGUUAUCAAUUAUUAGAAGAAGAAACAAGUGGUGUGAUAGUUUGUUAUUCGGAAAGCUGCUGUAGUGAACAAAAUGAGUGUAGAACUGCCAUUGUGUACAAGAUGCUGUUUGUGCUUCCCGCUGCGAUUCGGUUUGAUUGUGUGGGGAUAUCUGCGACUGGUAAUAUCAGCUCUAGUGCUGGUAGUGGCAGAAAGAGCUUUUUCGAAGACUUUAACAUUAACUAAAACGGAAUCAGAAGUAAUCUACACAGUUUAUGUGGUUUUGCUCGGGAUACUUAUAGUAUUUACACUGGCAGACAUUAUAGUCAACAUACUAUUUGUUAUUGGGGGACAUAGGAAAGUUCUAAAGCUCCUCAGGGCCUACUACAUUUACAGCAUCGUCUUAUGGAUCAAAACAACAUUGGCAGGCCUGGCUCUGAUUGGUUACACCUUUUACUGGUUCUUCUUGGAAGAGAUCGAUGAAUUUCGCGUUUGGGUCUUAGUAGUCGACGUAAGCACUUUUUUGGGACAAAUGUUAAUACAAGCCUACGUAAUACUACUAAUACGAAGCCAGAUCAUUAAGCUGAAGAGAAUCUUUGCAUUCAGGUUUAUCAAGAACGCCAUGGACUGUGAAUGUGCUAUGGAGUCUGAUGAAGAUGCCGAUGAGAUGAAUGGUGGAAAAUGUAGCAAGUUCAGUGAGGUUAAGGACACGGCUGAAUGCAUCUGCUGUGAUAAGAAUACUAAUGAUUAGUUGUAUA